GAAAAAAAAGAGAGAGAGAAGAAGAAGAAGAAGAAGAAGAAGAAGAAGAGGUUCUUUUUCGUACACGAACUCAUCAAUUUUUACGAAUAUGUCGGCUACAAAGGAUUUUUCAAAUAUCGGUGGCUUGGACAAACAUAUUAGAAUAGUGAAAGAGAUGGUUCUCUUUCCACUUAUGUACGGUGAUGUUUAUGCCAAGUUCAAUUUGAAACCACCACGUGGUCUUUUGUUCUAUGGUCCACCAGGAACGGGCAAGACUUUAGUAGCAAGUGCAUUGGCAUCGGAAUGUAGUACCUCUGAACGCAAGGUCUCUUUCAUAUCACGAAAGGGAUCAGAUUGUUUGAGCAAAUGGGUUGGUGAAAGUGAGAAAAAGCUUGAAAAAAUUUUUAAUAUGGCUCAACAAACAAAACCUUGUAUUAUCUUUUUCGACGAAGUUGAUGGCUUAGCACCGAUAAGAACAAGUCGUCAGGAUUUCGUACAUGCGAGUGUUGUUUCUACGCUAUUGGCUCUGAUGGAUGGACUCGAGAACAAUUCGGAGAUUAUAGUGAUUGGUGCUACUAAUAGAAUCGACGCCAUUGAUCCAGCACUAAGAAGACCAGGAAGAUUCGAUCGAGAACUUUAUUUUCCUUUACCUUCUUACUCUGCUAGGAAAGACAUACUUUCGGUUCACAUUAAAAGUUGGAAACAUAAACCUCCUCAAAAGUUUCUUGCUUAUUUGGCUUCGAAAACGGUAGGAUAUUGUGGUAGCGAUUUGCAAGCACUCUGCGCCGAAGCGGUUAUGUGUUGCGUUCGAAGGCAUUAUCCGGAGAUUUACACGUCGAAAUCAAGACGCUAUAUAAAUGAGCGUCACCUCAAGGUAAAUUCUUCGGGGAGGGUAAAUUUAUUUGUUCGAAAAUUACGAGUGUUUCGAAGUUUCAAAAAAAAACACAAAACAAACAAACGAACGAAGGUCGAGAAACAAGACUUUCUGAAGGCCCAGGAGAACAUCGUUCCAGCGUCUCACAGAGUGGUCAUAGCACCAGUGAAAUCUUUAUCGAUCAGAAUCCAACCACUUUUACGAGAUCAUCUUUCCACCAUUCAAUCUCAGUUACAAAUCCUUUGUCCAACAGGAAUGUUGACAUCGGAUGAUAUUGUCGGCAAAGCGAAUUCAAGAUCAACCGCCUGUCCUAGAAUAUUAUUAUGCGGUGAGGAUGAUUCACAUACUCGCCAUUUAGGUCCAGCUUUGCUUCAUGAAUUAGAUCAUUUACCUUGUCACGUAUUGGACGUAACAACGCUCUUCGAAGAAACUGGUAGGGCUGCCGAAGAGACGAUCAUUCAGAAAGUGAAAGCAGCACGUCGUACUUUACCAUCGUUGCUAUACAUACCUGAUAUUUUAUCAUGGUGGAACCUAGUCGAUGAAACAGCACGUGUAGUUUUUGCUUCCCUGAUGAGAGAUCUCGAUAAUACAGUCUAUAUGUUGAUUCUUGCAACCGCUAAUUCCUCUUACGAGAAUUUACCUUCAGAGGUUAAAAAUUCGUUCGAUCAAAAUCAGAAUGAGGUGUUCAAAGUAUCAUUACCUGGCUUGCAAGAACGUCAAUCUUUCUUUCUACAGCUCUUUUCAAAUUCAACAUCGGAUGCUGUUUCUAGCAGAUCCUCGCAAGAUUUUAUACAAAUUAUGGAUCCGAAGAAAACGAAGAUCGAACAUGGGAAAAAAUUAAAAAUGGACUCACUAAAAGAUUUCAAUGGACAACGUGGACGCCAACACACAGUGGAUGGAUCUACGGCAAAAAAGUCAAAACCUCGGAACAAACUUGCUGCUGUUCGAUCCACUCAAUCGGCAACCAGAUCAAUUAAUAUUAAGAGAGAAUGUAGUGCAUCAGGAGAAGGGCCAGCACCGAAACGCUGUAGAAUGUCACGUACGCCUUCCAAUAUCUCAAGUGUUGAGGGUUUAAUGGAUCCCCAACUACAAGGAUUAUUCCAGAGGAUCAUCGAAUCAACGGAGAACUGGACAAGUAAUCAGUUGGAAAAUUUAUACGGCUCGUUGGAACAUAUUUUGGAAAGAAAAAAUGAGAAUGAUAAUAUGUCGAACAUUAUUCAAAAUUGUCUCCUAGUUUUAGAAGAAUCGAAGAAAAGAAAAAUAUUUUUUGAUUAUGAAGAUGAUUAAUGAUAAAAUAGAAAAUAAUUACGAUAAGUCUCUUGAGAUUGUCCAAAUGUAUUUUAUUUUUUUUUUUUUCCAAUAACAAAUUUACUCGUCAUCGUCAUCGCUUGUAAUUGCUUGAAUAUUUGUUCGUCGAUAUAUAAAUCGUGACGGUUGUAAUGUAUAAAAUAAAAUAUUUUAAUAUUAUAUUUCAUUGUUGUGACGAAAACUAUUUCUCUUUUUUUUUGUGAAGUAUCAAAGUAUAUCAAUUGUAAUACAAUUUAAGCGAAUCAAUUAUUAAUAAUAAUAACGAAGACUGUAUUUAUCAUAAGCCUGAUUGGGCGAAAGGGACAAUAUAAAAUGCAAUCUAAUAUAUUUGCAAAAAUAAAUGCUAGAAAGAAGCGAA